AUGUUUUUAUUCAGCCCGGCUCUAAAUGCUUUUUUGAUAUUGGCACUUUACUCGGUUCAAGGGCAGAUUGGCCAAUCAAUUAAAGAUGCAACCGCAGAAUAUGAUUUACUCACAGUGGCUCUCAGCGAUAUGGAGAACAUUAAUAAUGGAGAGGAAUUUGCCAUAAUGGCCACAAUGAGAACAAAUAAACCAGAAGGAUAUCUUUUUGCUAUUGUAAAUUCACGUGAAACAAUUAUUCAACUAGGUGUCAAAGUCAUAGGCUUUCAUAAAACUCACAUUAAUGUUUCAUUAGUGUAUAACGAUCCCUCUUCAAUGACACCUUCAGAUAGUUUAGCAACUUUUACAUUACCUUAUGAUCCAAAACAUUGGAUUAACUUUGCUCUACGUAUAAUGAACGACAGAAUAUCUCUUUAUCAUAAUUGCAUCAUGAUUCAUGAAAUAAACGUUACGAAAGAACCGAAAGAACUAGUUUUUGAGUCUGCAUCUACUUUUUAUUUGGCUCAAGCUGGAAAUUCUAAGGAAAAUUUUGAGGGGGCUUUUCAAUUUUUGAAGCUUUAUGGCUAUCCAGAUUUCAUAUCGAUUGUUUGUAAUAAAACGACAACGAAAGUGGCAAACAAUGAAAAUGAUUUUAAUGACUAUGGAAAUGAAAACGGACCGGUAUUACAACCACCACCAGAGUACAAAAAUUACGGAUAUCGAAUGAAAGGUGAAAAAGGAGAUCGAGGACCUAAGGGGCUGCCGGACCUCCUGGGCCUCAAGUUUAAUCACAUUCCAUCAACUUCUUGUUCUUGUAAUGUAAACCACUUAAUGGAUAUACUUCGAAAUGAUACCGUUAAGGAAAUUUUAAGAGGGCUACCAGGAAGAUCAGGAAUGCCUGGUGUAACUGGUGUGCCUGGAGAGAGAGGUUUUCCUGGUUUGAAAGGAGACAAGGGAGAUGUUGGUCCAAUGGGCCCCGAAGGAUUGCAAGGAAACAAAGGCGAGCAAGGAAUUGAUGGUAUUCCUGGUAUGCCUGGAGCUGAUGGAGCACCUGGUGAAAAUUAUGAGGAAUCAAUGAUUGCUGGAAUACCUGCGAUUCGAACAACUGGUACUGCACAGAAAGGUGAAAAGGGUGAAGUUGGCUUAAAAGGUGAGCGUGGGAUUCAAGGAUCAAAAGGUGAUCGUGGUGACAGAGGUCUUACUGGUAUGAAAGGUGAAAGAGGUGAUAGCGCUGUUGGUCCACCUGGUCAAAAAGGUGAUAACGGUCAGCCUGGCCACAAAGGAGAAAAAGGCCCCCCAGGUCUUCCAGGCACUGUCAUAUAUUCUGAUAUGCAAAAUCUUACAAACUGUGCUUGCACCGGACAAAAAGGAGAAAAAGGUCAGGAUGGUCAAGUAAUUUUUGUUAACGAUACAAUGAAUGUAGUGAAAGGUGAAAAAGGUGAGAGAGGGCCACGGGGUAAAAAAGGAAAGCAAGGUCCAAUGGGACCUCCGGGACGUCCAGCUCCUCAAGGUGACAUAGGAGUUCCAGGUUAUCCGGGUCGUUCGGGCCUUCCUGGUUUACCCGGAAUAAAAGGACAAAAAGGAGAAAUCGGCAACGGGAUGAAAGGAGACAAAGGAAACGAUGGUAUGCCAGGCCCACCCGGAUUACCAGGAAACAGUUUUGGAUCAGUCGGAACUAUAACAUUUCAAAACACUGAGACUAUGUUGAAGAUGUCAGCAGCAAAUCCUGUUGGAACAAUUGCAUUCAUUUUAGACGAAGAAGCGAUUCUAGUUAGAGUGAACAAAGGUUGGCAAUAUAUUGCGCUUGGAACAUUACUUCCAUUAGCAACUCAACCAAUGACAACGACUUCAGUUUCUCCUUCUUAUGGUCCCGAUUUGCAAGCAUCUAAUCUUUUGAAUAGCAACAUUUUAAAAUUGCCCGACAGCUAUACAUUUACAACUCCGCCUGAAUACGAAUCGUGGAAUCCUAAAAUGUUGCGAAUGGCGGCACUCAACGAGCCAUUCACAGGAAACUUACAAGGCAUGAGAAAUGCAGAUAUGAAUUGUCAUCGGCAAGCGAGACGAGCUGGUCUCUUGGGCACAUUCCGUGCUUUUCUCUCAGCAAGAAUCCAAAAUUUGGAUUCUAUAGUUAAGCCUGAAGACCGUGAUUUACCGAUUACUAAUUUACGAGGCGACGUUCUGUUUAAUUCAUGGAAUAGUAUUUUUAGUGCUCAAGGUGGAUUCUUUUCACAAGCUCCUAGAAUUUAUAGUUUCAGUGGAAAGAAUAUCUUAAAUGAUCCAACAUGGCCCCAUAAAGUUGUUUGGCAUGGUGCAAAAAUGGAUUCAAUCGAUUCUAAUUGUGAUGGAUGGCACGUAAGCUUGCCUGAUAAAGUUGGACUUGGUAGCAGUCUUUUGGGUAACAAGUUGCUUGAUCAAGAAAUGUACAGUUGCCAGCAACGGAACAUCGUUUUAUGCAUCGAAGUUCUGCCACAUGAUACAAGAAGAAAAAGAGAUGCUGUGAAUCAAUAUCACGAUGAGUAUUCUGAAAUCAUCAUAUCACAAGUACUUAGAAGAAAUGGAGUAAAACAUGAAACAGUAUUUGAACAAUAA